AUGGCGGCGGAGCUGGAGUCGUCGCUGGAGGGCAGCUUCCCGUCCGGCUGCGCGGCGCCCGCGCGCUCGCGCAUCUUCAAGAUCAUCGUGAUCGGAGACUCGGGCGUGGGCAAGACGUGCCUGACCUACCGCUUCUGCGCCGGCCGCUUCCCGGACCGCACCGAGGCCACGAUCGGCGUGGACUUCCGAGAGCGGGCGCUGGACAUCGACGGCGAGCGCAUCAAGGUGCAGCUGUGGGACACGGCCGGGCAGGAGCGCUUCCGCAAGAGCAUGGUGCAGCACUACUACCGCAACGCGCACGCCGUGGUCUUCGUGUACGACAUGACCAACGUGGCCAGCUUCCGCAGCCUGCCCGCGUGGAUCGAGGAGUGCACCCAGCACCUGCUGGCCGCGGACGUGCCCCGGGUCCUCGUGGGGAACAAGUGUGACCUGGGGAGCGCCAUCCAGGUGCCGACGGACUUGGCGCAGAAGUUCGCGGACACCCACAGUAUGCCUUUGUUUGAAACGUCUGCCAAAAGCCCCAACGACAGCGACCACGUGGAAGCCAUAUUCAUGACGCUGGCGCACAAACUGAAGAGCCACAAGCCCCUCAUGCUGAGCCAGCCCCCCGAGAACGGAGCGGUCCUGAAGCCCGAAGCGAAGCCUCCCGCGCCGUGUUGGUGCUAGGUGACAGUCCUCCGCGGGGCGGCCGU